AUGCGGUCCGUGAUCGCAGCGACCCGCCACCCGAAAGCGCUACGCCGUAGUCACCCAGCUAUCUCAACCGCAACACAAUUCAGCAUCGAGGCUUCUUUCUCCUCUCGGUCGUCCGUACGUACCCUCAAGCUGCUCGAACGCCACAAGGUCUCAACCCUCGAUAUCGGUAUCUUCAAGCGCAAGAAGAAACCAAUCACUAUGGUCACGGCCUAUGACUAUCCGUCGGCAGUGCACGUCGACCUGGCGGGCUUUGACAUCGUACUGGUUGGGGACUCGAUGGGCAUGGUAGAGCUGGGCAUGGAUACAACACUUUCUGUGACGUUGGAAGAAAUGAUUCACCACACCAAGGCAGUGAAACGUGGAGCAACUCGUCCGCUGGUUAUCGCGGAUAUGCCAUUCGGCACAUGUGAAGGAACUCCAUAUGAAGCGCUGAAGGGUGCACAACUUUUAGUGAAGGUAACCUCGUUCUCUAUUUUUUCGAAGUACAUUUCUUUUUACACAAUAAAACGAUUCUUACGCGUAUGCACUACACAGGAAGGCGGUGCCGACUGUGUGAAGAUCGAGGGAGGCAAAGAGCGUGCUGAAACGAUCAAGACGAUAGUUGACGGUGGCAUUGCUGUGAUGGCUCACAUUGGUCUCCGUCCACAGCACAUUAGUGUUCUAGGAGGAUUUCGCGCCCAGGGACGCACAGCGGCGCAAGCGCGUUCAAUCAUCGAGGAUGCCUUGGCAGUUCAGAUGGCUGGUGCUUUUGCCGUUUUAAUCGAGUGUGUUCCCAUCGCUGUAGCUCAACACGUGACAGAGCUGUUGAAGAUCCCCGCAAUCGGUAUUGGUGCUGGCGCGAGCACGGAUGGCCAAGUGUUGGUCUUCCAUGACUUGUUGGGUAUGCUCCAGCACCCUCACCACGCACAGUUUGUCCCAAAGUUCUGCAAACGGUAUGCUGGAAUUGGCAAGCAGAUCCGAAUCGGUUUAGAAGCCUACCGCGAUGAUGUUGAAAGCGGUCAGUUUUCGAGCGAGGCGUACUCUCCAUACAAGGUGCGUCGUUGCAGAAGGAAUUUACUUUCGUAACUUUGACUUAUGUAUCCGUGGAAAUGCAUUUUAGAUGUCGAGCGAAGAAAUUCAAAAGCUUCAAGCUAUGAUUGCUGAAGAGUACAAUACGAGGUUCAAAGAGGAAGACAAAGAUGGAGUGGCGCUGUCUGAGAUCACCAAAGUUUACUAACAAGUGGUACUGCAGCGAGGCGUAAGAACUAAUUUGAAAUUUAUUUCAUCACCUGUUGUAGUAAA